ACCAAACCCAGGUUGGAGUGUUGGAGAUCUGAGGAAAGUGUUUUUUUUUAGUGAAUGAUCUGCAUGAUCAGCAAAUACAUUAAAAUAAAUUAAAUUACAUACUGGUGAACAGCAAAACAUGGAGUUUGGAUCCUGUGACAAAAAGGAACUAAAGAAAACUGAAGUAAAAAGCUGAUGAGAAGAUGACAUCCCCUUCCAGUCCUAUGGAAGCCAACAUCACUGCUCAGGGUGAAGGACAAGCGUUUGCUCCAGUGAUAGUUAGAAGUGUGUUUAAUGGUCCAGUCACCUUCAGUUCUGACUCAAAACGCCAAGGUAACCAGUGUGGAAGCUUCAUCAGACCUUCUACAAACUUACUGUCAGUAAUACCUGAUGGAGGUGCUCCUUCCACGCCAGUCCAGUCUGCUGGGCUUCAACUCACUUUUGCGAGGAGUACUAGACAAAGAGAAUGUGAUUAUACGGAUGUAAGCAGCAAGCUAAAAGACAGUCUGAAAGAAGAAUUUGAGCGCAUACUUGAUGGGAAUUCACUGACUGGCCACAGAAGAUACCUGAAUGAAGUCUACACAGAGCUCUACAUAGUGGAGAAUGAAACUGGUGGAGUUAUUCAGGGGCACGAGGUGAGGCAGAUGGAAGCAGUCUCCAGCAGAUCUGCAGGGAAGGAUGUUCCAAUCGAGUGCAAUAAUAUUUUCAAAGUUCAAGCUGAUGGGAAAAGAAACAAAAAAGUUCUAACCAUGGGGAUCGCAGGAGUGGGCAAAACUGUCUCAGUCAACAAAUUUAUACUGGACUGGUCUGAGGGAAAAGACAACAAGGACAUUGCCUUUAUUUUUCCUCUUCCCUUCUGUGAACUGAACCUUAGAAAAGAGGAAAAGCUAAGUUUAAUAGAACUCCUACAGGAGUGUCUCCCAGGUUCUACAAUGGUUGACUCUCUUCCUCAGGGUGAUGGAAAAAUCUUGUUUGUUUUUGAUGGACUGGAUGAAUGUCGCUUUCAUUUGAACUUUAAUGACAGUGACAAGCUAAAGGAUGUAAACCAGGAAGCGUCAGUGGGCUCAAUCAUCACAAACCUCAUCAGGAGAGAUCUCCUUCCUUCGGCUCUGGUUUGGAUAACCUCUCGACCAGCUGCAGCCCAUCAGAUCCCCCGAGAUCAUAUUGACCAGGUGACAGAAGUGAGAGGGUUCAAUGACAAUCAAAAGGAAGAAUACUUCAAAAAAUACUGUGGCACAGAUGUUGGGAGUACAAUAUUCACUCACAUCAGAAAGUCCAGGAGCCUCUUUAUCAUGUGCCACAUUCCGGUCUUCUGUUGGAUCUCGGCCACAGCACUUCAUUCGCUAUCCCAAGAGGAAGAUUCGAAAACCCCCACAACUCUCACUGGAAUGUAUAUACACUUCCUAGUUCAGCAGGCAAACCAGGUGAAAAAGAAGUACGAUGGCUCACCUCAAGACAUCAUUCUGAAGCUUGCAGAACUUGCAUUUUACCAGCUGGAAAAGGGAAACCUGAUAUUCUACAAGGAGGACCUUGAAGCAUGUGGGAUUGAUGUCAAUGAAGGGUCUGUCUACUCUGGACUGUGCACUCAGAUCUUUAAAAUGGAAAAAAAGUCCUCUGAACGAAUGGUGUUCAGCUUUGUACAUCUGAGCGUUCAGGAAGCCCUCGCCGCCAUCUAUGUGUUUUACUGUCACAAACAUUACAAAAAGAAUGUGUUCAUUCAGGACCUGAAACACAAGUUUAAGUGGCUCUUGAGACGUUCCAGCUACAAACUUCACAAAUCUGCAGUAGAAAGGGCUUUACAGAGUAAGAACGGGCACCUGGACCUCUUCCUCCGCUUCCUGCUUGGACUUUCAGUGAAGUCCAAUGAAAGAAGCCUGGAGGAACUCCUCCCUGGACUGAGGAGAACAUCUGGGAGAGUGCAGAAAACGAUCAACUACAUCAAGGACAAAAUUAGGUUGUCUGAAUCAUCAGAGAGGACCUUCAAUCUCUUCCACUGUCUGAGCGAACUGGAAGAUGAUUCCAUUAUAAGUGAGGUCCAGAACUUCCUGAACUCAGGAGAUCUGUCAAUGAUGGAACUCUCAUCCACACAGUGGUCGGCUCUGGUGUUUGUGCUGCUGAUGUCAGAUGAGACACAGGAGAUGUUUGAGCUGAGGAAAUACAGAGAAUCAGAUGAUGGACUGAGGAGACUGUUACCAGUGGUGAAGAACACAAAAAGAGCACUGCUUGAUUGCUGCCAUAUCACUGAGGUGAGCUGUGAAUUACUAGCUUCAGUCCUUAAAUCACACUCUUCAUACCUGCUAGAGCUGGACUUGAGUAACAACAACCUGCAGGAUUCAGGAGUGGAGCUGCUCUCAGAGGGACUGAGGAGUUCGCAGUGUAAACUGCAGAUACUGAAGUAUAUGCCUUGUCAACAUACCGUUUACUUACAUUUAGUUAUUGGAGUAAACCUCCUAGUGGAAAUAUCUACAAUCCCUUUAAUAUGUACACUGAUUUUAUAUUUAACAUGCACUAGUCUUUAUAUUAUACAGCAUAUCUUGCAGUCUUCUUAAUGGUCUUAGUAUCUUCUACACAGGCUUGAUUGCUGCCAUAUCACUGAAGUGAGCUGUGGAAUACUGGCUUUAGUCCUUAAAUCACACUCUUCAUACCUGAUAGAGCUGGACUUGAGUAACAACGACCUGCAGGACUCAGGGGUGGAGCUGCUCUCAGAGGGACUGAAGAGUUCACACUGUAAACUGCAGAUACUAAAGCUUUCUGGUUGUAUGGUUACAGAGAAAGGCUGUUUUUCUCUGGCUUUAGCCCUGAGCUCGAACCCCUCACACCUGAAAGAGCUGGAUCUGAGCUAUAAUCAUCCAGGAGAAUCAGGAAGAGGAGAACUUAAUGAGAGACUAGAGACUGCAAAUUUCAAAUUGCAGAUCCUCACCCUUGAUCAUGCAGGAAAGGAAAGAAUCAAACCAGGACUACAGAAAUAUGCCCGUAAACUCACACUGGAUCCCAACACUGCACAUGUAGAUCUGUCCUUGUCUAAAAGGAACAGGACGGUGAAAUGGACAAAAGCGGUGAAAGAAAAUCCACAGUCUCCAGAUCAUCCUGAGCGUUUCGAUACCUGGUGCCAGGUUCUGUGCAGAGAGAGCCUGUCUGGACGCUGUUACUGGGAGGUGCAGUGGAGUGAUAUGGGCGUUCAUAUUGGAGUGACGUACAGAGGAAUCGGCAGGAAAGGUGGAGGUAACGAGUGCUGGUUCGGUCAGAACGAUCAGUCGUGGAGUCUGGACUGCACGAAGGUGAACUACACAGCCAGACAUAACAGCGCUAAGACCGUUAUUUCAGCUGAAGGUCGCUGCUCCUAUAAGAUUGGAGUUUACCUGGACUGUUCGGCUGGAAGACUUUCCUUCUACGACGUCUCGUCCAACAAUGAACAGCAGAAACUUGCUCACCUCCACACGUUUAACGCCACGUUCACCGAACCUCUCUACACUGGCUUUAUGGUGACCGAUGCUACUGUUACUCUGUGUAACCUGGACUAUCCCUUAGUUUGCUUUAACCCAUGGGAGUCUAGAGUACAAAAAAAAACUUAAUAUCUAACAAAAAUAAAUUCUGUAAAAAACUUGUGGAGAAAAGUGACUCUUGCUGACUUAAAGAGUCACUUUUUGUUUACUCGGUUUUCUACAUAGUUUUAUUUUAUUAAUUUCCUUACAGAAACAUUUCAUAAUUUAUUUGCUUACAGUGCUGAGGGGGAACAUACUGUAAGAGAGUGCCUUACUCUUUUUUUACCUUUAAAUCAAAACAGCCAUUAAAUACUUUUAGGUAAAAUGGAAAUAUGUUCAUAUACUAAGCUUUAACAUGUUCCAUGUUAUAUUAAAAUUUGUGUAUGUUGUGUUUUAUAUCCAUUUUGGGCUAGCACAUGCAUUAUUUUCACGUCACUGUGGUAUUUGAGGUGUUUGAUAAUGUUUUCCUCAUAGGUUCCUUCUGAGCUCUCAUCUAAAAACACAUGGCAGAUGAAUUGCCAAUACUAAAUUGUUUAUGUUGUUGGUACUGUGCAAUGGACUGUUGGACUCAUGCCCUGUCAUGGGAUAUUCGUUGGAUGAAUGAGAUUUUGAGCUACUUUAAGGCCAUAAUUUUAACCACUAACUGACUUUUUUUCGCUACAUUUUAGUUUUUACUUGCUUUUUAUUUUUAUUUAUUUGUUUGCUUGUUUUAUUGUUAGUUUUUAUUGGACAUGUUUGGGAAUGUUAGGCCCAAAACACACACAGUUGUAUUCGAUAUUUUUAACACAAUUAAACUAUGUAAAACAUUA